AUGGGCGGUGGGCUCUGUCCCGCGCUCCACGUGUUCCGGGCCACAGGCAGGAUCGCGUCCCCUGCAGCCCAGCAUCUGCCACGCAGACGACACUCCAUCAGCGGCCAACCCCUCCUGCAGCAGCAGGUCCUGGAGACCCCGGUGGGCUGUGUGGCCAGGAGUGUGAACUCAGAUCUCCGGCCUCGGGAGCAAGCCUCGUCUGCGUCUCCAGGCAGGAUGCGGGCUCUGGCAUUGGAGGCCCAACUGGACCCCCAGUCACGGCAGACUCUGCGCACAGGCCCUGCCUGGAGUCCGCGUGUUCGAUUUCCCACUUUUGGUGAACAUCCCCAGAGGGCCCCCGGAGCCAGGCCAGCAGCAGAGAUGGAGUUGCCAGGGUCCGGCACACAGCCCACCAGCCCCAAGGCCACCCAGGAGCCGUCCCUGGCCAGCCUGUGCGCCCUGGUGGACCUGUGUCUGGCCUGCUCCUGCUGCACCCCACAUCUCAGUGAGAGCACCUAUCUGCAGAGCAGGGUGGAGCACAGCUGUGCCUGGGACAUCCUGCUGGCCCGCCUGAAGAGAGCCUCCGAGAGCAGUGUCUAGCGCAAGGUGGACUGCCCGCCCAGCUUCCCGCAGCCUGUGCACGGUGAGGUCUGCCGCUACUACAGCCCGGGGCUUGGCUGCAGGCGCCACGGCAACCGGUGCACCUUCGCCAGGAGCCCCGAGGGGGCGCUAGUCUGGCCCUUUGAGCUCGAGCACAACGUCGGCCACCUGUGGGUGAAGGUGGGGGCGCAGAGCGGCGCGGCCCAGGGGAAGCCGCUGGCCCCGGCUGAUGCCAUCCUCGCGGAGUUUGGUGGCCCCUUCCAGACACUCCGCUCUCCCUGCUUCCAGCACCGCCCCCCGCGCAUCUGUCCAGUGGAGCCCCAAGGCUGGUGCCCCGAUCAUGGGAACUGCCCCACUCUCCUGGCUCAUGUGAGCACGGGGGGCUGUCGAAAACAAGUCCUGGUGGUGCAGGAGGCCUCCGAGAACCACUGCUCCUCCUUGGAGCAUGCACAGAUACUGGAAUCGAAACUAGUCGUGCCCUUGAAGCACCACAGCCUGCCUACUGGGCUCGCCCCUCUGGAGCUCUGCCUGCGGUGCAAAGCAAGAGCUGCAGGAGUGGACCCAGAAUUCUGGACCGUGAAGCUGAGGUGGUCAGCGGCCUGGCAGGAUGGGCUGGGGUCUCACUGCGAGAAGCUGCUGGCUGAGUGCCAGGACAGUGCCGGUGAGUUGGCCGAGACCCUUGACCAUGUAUCUGUCGGCUGCAAGCGGCCCCUGGUGCGGUGGACUUGGGAACGGCAGGCGGCGCACGCCUGGACCUUCAACAUCUAUUCUGAGCCCCUGCGAUGUGUGGCCCUGCUCAAGCAAGACCUUGGAGCAGACUUCUCGGUGGCCCCCAGCCUCUCAACAGGCCGGGUCUUUGCCCAGAGAGAGCACUUCUGCGUGCCCGGCUGUCUGGCCAUGUUCCGUGGGGUGCUCGGGCAGAGCGCUUCCCCAGGCACCUUCGAGCAAUGGGUGGUCUUUGAUUUUGGCUGCCGGCCGGUGCUGCUUAGGAAGCUGGAGUUGCAGGCGGGCUGGGAGCACUUCCGGGGCCCUGGGCGACGCCCACCUGGCCACCUCCCUGAGGAGCCGGACCGCUGGAACACAGGCAACCGCCACGUGGCCUGGCUUGGAGAGGAUGGCGGUGCCCAGGUGGCCAAGUCCACGGGGCCUGCUCCAGCCCUGGAGUCCCCUGACCAGGGCCCCAUCUUUCCCACCGCCCGGCAGCAGCUGCACUGGGCUCUGUGUGAGGAGGAGGCUGCUCAGCGACACCCGGUGGCCAAGCUGAACUGUCGGACAGCACAGGAGACGUCAGUCCUGGACGCACUCUUGCCGCCACGGGGAGCCCUGCACACUGAGACCCCCAUCCCCUCCUCGAUGCCUGACGUGGACGAGGGCUUUCUGCUGAGAACGCUCGUGGCCCCCGUGCCUGGGCCUGAUCCCAGGGUGUGCGGGGUGUGGGUGGAGACGCGGCCCAACUCGGGGCAGGUGCUGUGGCUGCUGCUGCCUGCCCACUGUUGCGCGGCCCUGGGGCUACAGCCCAAGCCUGGGCGCCCCAUCUUGGAAGUGCAGUUCCAGAUUGAUCUGCUGCCCUUCCACCUCUGGCACCGGGCAGUGGACGCACUGCCAGAGGAGGGCCUGGUGGUUCCUGACCUGUCAGCCUGCACCCUGCCCUGCCCUGGGCCUGUCUCACCCACACUGCAGGGCAACCGCAGGCAGAAGCAGGCUGUGGCGGUCAUCACAGGGACCAGCCCUGGGGUAGGGCAGCCUGUUGCCCCUCUGCUCGUCUGUGGCCCCUCUGGCACGGGCAAGACCUACACGCUGGCCAUGGCCUCCCUGGAGGUCGCCUGCCAGCCUCGUAAGGUGCUCCUCUGUACGCGAACCAACAGUUCCCCCCAGAUGGACAGCUGCUCCAGCACGGGGCUCCCCAUCUCUGCCAGGGCUGACUGGUUACAGGACUGGGGCUCCAGGGGCCCGUGUCAGGCAGAGGCCCUAGCUGGUGGUCCUGUCUCCUUCGGAGAGGUGGUGCCAGGGUCGGACUGCCUGUUGUCUGGGCAGGGGGGGCGCACGGGAGGCACUUUAGCAGACAGGCGCUGUGCCCUUCUCCACCACAGGGCGGCUGACACCUACACUGUGGAGUAUUUCCGCCCCUACGUCAGCAGCAGUCACCCUGAGGCCGCUCCCCUCUGGGUGGUGCACACGGACUGCCCGCCCAGCCUGACGGACGCGGCCACGCUGAGGUACUGCUGCCUGACCGAGGACCACCAGGCCUUUCGCCUGCCGAUGGAGCGGCACCACAUUGUGUUGGCCAGCACCUCCCAGACACACGAGCUCGGGGUGCCCAUUGGCUUCUUUUCCCACAUCCUCAUUGACCAGGCCUCCCAGAUGCUGGAGUGGGAGACGCUCACCCCGCUGCGUUACGCUGCGCCCGGCACCCGAGUGGUGCUGGCGGGCAACCACGUGCAGGGCACGCCCCGGCUCUUCAGUGUGGUAGGGCGCCCGGGGGCCAGACAGCUGCUGCACCGCCUCUUCGAGCACCACUGGCAGCAAACACUCCAGGUCGCCCAGAGGAGCUGCAUUAUUUUGUACAAGAAUUACUGCUCCACCCAGACCGUUGUCUGCUUUGUCUUCGACCACGUCUCCCUAGCCAGCGGCCGCUCCAUCCAGGCCAGCGGCAAGAUCCCUGGCCACCGGUGGUACCCGCUCCAGUUCUGCUGCGUGGUGGGCAUCCAGUGCGACGUCUCCACGACGUCUUGGCUGAAUGCAGCCGAGGUUCUUCAGGUUGUCGAGAAGGUACAGGAGGUCUGUAACUCCUGGCCCCAGUGCUGGGGCCACCGGGAGCAGAGGAGCACCGCGUUGUGUCCCACAGGGCCCAGUGCGCUGAGGCAGGAGCUGAGGAAGAGGGACCUGGGCCAGGUGUCUGUGGGCAGCUUUGAGAAUCUGCCAGGUGGGCGGGACUUCCGGGUGGUGGUGCUGGGCGCGCUGCACACCACCCGCAGCCUGCAGCCGGGGGCACCGGCCCCAGGGUGCUUCACGGACGCCCGCGUGCUCAGCACCGUCACGACCCACACGCAGGCCCAGGGCGGCGUGGGCGACGCUGUGGCCCUCUGCUCCCUGAAGGCUUGCAGCAAGCUCUGGGGGAGCUUCCUCCGUGAGUGUGUGGAGCACGGCGCCGUCUGCCCCGAGGGCCUGUCGCUGGAGCAGAUCCAGAAGCAGAGCUGGGCCAGCUGCUGGCAGCCUGCGGCCCAAGAAACAGAAAGAGGCGCUGUGGCAGGACCGUCAGCCCCAGAGAUCAGGGAGCCCGAGGGCCCUGUGGGCUUUUGGCCUUCUGACAGGGAGCUCGGCAGCAACGAGCCCCGCCCGCAGCAGCUCCUGGACCACCCCCGGGACGUGACAGUGACCGUCCAGGAGGAUGGGCUGCUGGACAGCUUCGCCCGGCCCUUGUCUCCCCAGCCGGCGUGGCAGUAUGUGAACCUGCCGGAAGCCAAACAGCAGAAACUUCUCCACAAGUGGCCCCAGCAGCACUGCCGCUGCGCCUUCCUGCGAGAGAGCCUCCGGGAGGUGAGAGCUCCGCUGGACGAUGGGAAGUUUGGGCCCAACCAGCUCAAGGGCCGCCUGCACUGCGGGAUGGCAUUCCUGGGGGACGAGGCGCUGGUGCAGGUCCUCAGCUGGGCCGGGUGGCCUCAGGGCUGCGUGCUGAGCAUUCAUCAGAGGGAGCAUCGCCAGCUGGCGUUCGUGUGCCAUGUGGACGAGUGGGACCCCUGCGUCAUGACCCCCGUCAAUGGCUGUGCCACCAAGGUCUUCGUGGCUGGGCUGCAGGACCCACUGCAGGUGCCUGUCCACCACCUUCUGCAGGGCCGCGUGCAGCGCGUGGGGCACGAGCCGCUCUCGGUGGAGGCCCGGCACUGCCGCCUCUUCUGGGUGUGUGUCCUUCUGUGGUGGGAGCACUUCUACUACCCACUGGGCGUCCUAAAGGUGCUGCCCGAGGCCACCACCUGGGAGCAGUCUCCAAAUCUUGGACCUGGCCUGCAGGCUGAAGGAGCCUCCCCACACCCGGCCUCGGUCGCGGAGGCGCUGCACAGGCACCACGCUGAGCUCAGCCGGGCGCCCAGCUGCCUGGAGGGCUGCAGCAGCUUCCUGGCCUUCGCCGUGGACCCCCUCACCUGCAACCUGGACGGCGCCAUCAGCGCCCAGGACCGGGGCCCCAUGUAUGAGGUGGCCACGCACAUCGCUGACAUGGUCAGCUGCAUGCCCAGGGAUAGGGCGCUGGGCCUGGAGGCCUGCAGGCGGGGGGGGACCACCAUCUACGCCCCUGACCAGGAGCGGUCCAUGCUGCCAGCCAGCCUCCUGCCAGGCCAGCACCACCUAGCCGUCUCCCGCUUCCUGACGACCGAGAAGGGCAGCAGCCAGCUCAAGAGCGAGUGCUCUGCACCCGCUGUGAUCUGCUCUGACCACCAGCUGACCCGUACAGAGGCGGAGCUGGACCGGGGGCACCGGGGCGCCGGCCUCAAGCUGCCAGCCUGCCUGGACUCUGUGCACGCCUGCGUGGCAGCCGCGUGCUACUUCUCCCGCCUGCUGCGCCAGCGCCGCCUCAGGGGCAACGGUCAUUACACAGCUGACGGGGACAGCGUGCUGGGCCUCCGCGUGGCCCACAGGAUGGUCGAGGAGUACAUGGUCCAGUUCAACAGCCAGGUGGCCAAAUUCCUGGUGGACAGUGAGGGUACAAAGGGGGUCACACCCUUGCGGGUGCAGCGCGAGCCCAGCUUCAGCUGGCUCCGAGCCCUGAGCCAGGACCAGGAGGACUGGGUGCCAUUGUCCCCACACCUCUGCCACCACCGGCUGGGCAGCUUCAGCUCCUACAUCUCCCCAGACCUGCAGCUCCACGUCCUGGUCUCCGUCUAGAGGUAACUCCAGCUUGCAGCCCACGCCCAGGGCUUCAUCUGACUGGCGGAUCUCAUCGCCACGGACGAUGUGCACCCUUGCCUGGCUCCUGCCCUCCUUGACUUGUGCAGGGCCCAAGGCCGCACAGUCUUCAGCCGCCAGGGCAUGGAGCUGGAUGGCCACUACCUGCUGCAGGUGGACAGGUACACCUGGGCCACCUCACCCAUUUGCAGGUACUUGGAUGUGGUGCUGCAGCGGCAGAUCCUGCUGGCACUGGGCCAAGGAGGGUCCCCCUGCACGCCCGGAGACAUUGACGAGCUCUGCCAGGACUUCAGUGGCCAGUACAGGUGCGCCCAGAACUUCCAGCGCUGGGCUCGCGGCCUGAACCUGGCCACCCGGCUCAAGACCCAACCGCAAAGCAAGCUGGGCUUUGUGGUGGCCGCGGAGGACACCUGCUUCAAGCUGUUCUUCCCAGCCAGCCACAAGACCCUUCUGGACCUCGACCCCGUGCACUGCAGCUCCCUGCAGCCACCCAAGCACCCCUGCAGCCGGCUACGCACCCCUGCGGCCGGCCAGGCACUUCUGUGGCUGGCCAGUGGCUGCAGCUGCAGCUCCUAUGGCGGCACCACGCUUACUCCACGCAGGCCGGUGGGCGGUCCUGUGGACGCCACCCAGUGGCAGCAGCUGCUGAGGCUGAUGAAGAAGCCGAGGGUGGACAGUGGGGCGAGCCCAGCUUCGAGCCCCAGCAGCAGGAGCCGGGACAGGCGAGGUGGAGCGCCUGCGGCCCUUCGUGGAGGCAGCCCGGGAGCUGGUAGUGGGGAUACACUGCACGUACAGCUCCAGCUCAGUGCCGCCCUGUAGCGUAGGCUCCUGGAGCCGGUCCCGCAGCUGUGGUCUGUGGCGCCUGACCUCAGCCUUUGCCUGGAGCACGUGGAGCAGCCAGGGGACGGCUUCUCGCCCUGUGUGCCCCAGGGGGGUCGGGACUGGCACCAGGACGUGGAAGACUAAGCCUGGAGUCGGCUGCCCACGCUGACUCCAGGCUUGAACGAUCCUGUGACUUUGCAGGAUGUGGCCAUACCCUGUGGGGCGGAGCAGACGCCCCAGGGGCAGCUGCAGGGCACCUUCUGCCUGGAGCCCGCCUUCCUCCGGGAGCAUGGCAUUGACAUCAGCUUUGGCCACUGCUACCCGUGCAUCCGAUUCGAAGGGCUGCUGGCCACACCACGCCCCCCGGCCAGCUGCGUCAUCCCUGUCCGAAACAAUGACCCCGACACACAUACCUGGGUGACACCCGGGCUGGCGGAGGACUGGAGCCCAAAGGAGGGCUGGGCCGACCUGCGGGAUGCACCUAAGCAGGUGCCCUUCCUCCUUCAGCACGUGGCCAUGGGUGUGGUUCUGGAAGAGGUGCUGAGGCCUGGGGCCGCUUCACCGCCCGGGGCCUGUGAGUGGCUUCCGGGGAGAGGCUGGCGGGUGGGCUGGGUGUGCUGGGAACCCCCGUCUCCUUCUGGGGUGGUGGCCCGUGGGCAGUGCUCCUUGCCCGGGAAGAUCCUGCUGGUGUCUGGUAUCCAUCUUCACCCCCACCUGCCCCAGCUGCCAAGAAGAAGCUCCUUCGACAUUCCUGGAGGCCAUCACAAGCUGAACCCAAGCCAGAACAAGGCCGUUAGGGAGGCUCUGAAGAAGCAGUUCACGGUCAUCUGGGGCCCACCAGGCUCUGGGAAGACGGUGCUGGGUGUCCACACUGCCUACUGGCUUUGCACGUCAAACAAGGAGCAGGUGCCAGCCUAUGGCUCCCACAGUGGCCAGCUGUGGGGGCCCAUCUUGUGCUGCAGCCCCUCCAACCAGUCGGUGGCGUCACUUCUCCUGAGCAGGAGGGCAAAGCUGAAGCCCCUUCGCGUGCACAGGGAGCAGGAGGAGGCCACUGAGUGCCCAGUGCCGGGUGUGGGCAGCAGGGGCCCCCAGAAGACCCCUCAGGUGGGGAGGCCCAGCCAGACCCUCAGGAGCAUCGCCCUGCAUCACCGGGUCCGGCAGUCUUCCAACGCCCAUGCGGCUGACGUCAGCCUCGGUGCCCGGCUGCAGGAAGGGGAGAUCUUCUCCAAGGAGGACCUCAGCUGGUACAGGAAAGUCCUAGGGCAGGCUUAGAAAUUCGAGCUUGACCGGCACUGCACCGUCCUGUGCACGUGCUGGCAUGCGGGCUCCGCCAGCCUUGGGGACCUGGACAUCCGGCAGAUCCUUGCGGAUGAGGCGGGUGUGGCCUCGGAGCCAGAGACCCUCAUUCCCCUGGUGAACUUCUCCCAGGCUGAGAAGGUGGUCCUUCUCGGGGACCACAAGCAGCUGCGGCCUGUGGUCAAGAGUGAGCUGCUGCAGAAGCUGGGGCUGGACCGGUAUCUGUGACAGAGGUACUUCAGGGGUGCCUGCCUGUGGGACGUGCAGUACCACAUGCUGAGUCAUGAGCGCAUCUGUGCCUUCCCCUCAGGGGAGUUCUACGAAAGGGAACUGAAGACCUGGCAGGGCCUGGGCAGGCCGCCCAGUGUCCUGGGCCACGCUGAUGAGAAGGGCUGCUCGGUCAUCUCUGGCCACUUGCAGAGCAAAGAGAAGAGCCGGCUGCUGUCUACGGACAAAGAGGGUGAGGAUUCCAAGGCAAAGGAUGAGGAGAUGGCAUUGGUGGUCUGCAUCGCCAGAGAGCUGCCUCUGAGGGGGACAGUGGGCCCCAAGAACAUUGCCAUCCUCACGCCCUACAUUGCCCAGCUGGCUGAGAUCAGCAAGAGACUUGAGCAUCAGGAAGAUGUUCCACGAGUGACCGUGUGUUCCAUCACCAAGAGUCAGGGGAGCCAGUGGCACUAUGUUAUAGUGAGCAUGGUCCGCACCUGUGACAAGAGUGACAUAGACCCGCGACCGACUAAGAACUGGCUGAAAAACGCCCUGGGCAUCAUUGCGGACCCCAUCCAAGUGACCGUGGCCCUCGCCCGGGCCCAGGAGGGGCUCUGUGUCAUCGGAGACCACCACCUUCUGCGCUGCUGCCCGGUCUGGUCCUGACUCCUGGACCUCUGUGAGGCCCAGCAGAGCCUGGCCCCGCCUCGGAGGUGAAAGUCUAUGGGAAGUCACACUCUCCCUGAAGACCUCACUGCCCUCAGGCUUCCAGGACAGCACGGGAGAGUCCAGAGCCCUCUUCUGCCACCGCCUUGGCGGGCCCCUCUCAGCAGGACCCACGGGCCUUCAGUGGUCACUGCCAGACUGAGCAGGGGUCGCGGGGGGCCAGCUGUGGCCGUGCACAGUUACCACCCAGGCUGGGAGCAGGCCAGCCUCGCCUUGUGUGCAGACUUGGGAGGAAAGGGGACGAGUCUGCGCUCCACCCUCCUGAGCUGCUGCACUGGGGCACUUGGUGGCAGGGAGCAUCUCGGGUUGGAGUGGUUCUAGUGUCACUGGGAAGGUUUGGGGUCAGGACGGGAACCCCGUCGGGGCUGUUCUUGGACCGUCUCUGACUACACUGGGUGUGGUCUGUGGGGCUCGAGUCAUUCUCUAGUUUCAAAUAAACCAAAAGCU